CUCGAGGUUGGAAGCCUUCCUGGGCUACAAGUUUUCGAUGGAAAACUCAUGGCUGCAGAACACACCAUGUUUGUCACGACAUCCAUCACGCAUCUGCAAAUCACGUUGGACACGAAUUCCAAGCCGGACUUUUUGGCAUUCAUUCCAAAACCUGUACGCCUUGCAUCUCUUGGUGCUCUAGGUGUACUCCACCUCUCAGAGCGUUUGACCGUACGAGUCCUUCCGUUAAUUGCAGCUACGUGCUGUUGCCUCGUUAUUUGUGGUAUUAUCUCCUUGCCAUUGCGAAGGCCUAACCUUCGGAUACUAGAGGCUAACAUAGCCGCAUGGACGCUACAACCUUCGGGAACACAGCAACGCAUCCUCGCCUCUGAGAUCCGUGUUUAUUAUCCUUUCAUGGAGUACGUAUGUUUCAGGACAGGUGGCGGUCGAACGCUCUGGAUCCCGGACGGAAAUGAUUGGAGCCACCAUUUGGACAAUGGUCAUCACACCCCACUGGAUGCUCUCUGGAAAGCUAGAUGA